GAAGGACGGAAGGAAGGAAGGAAUCGCGCGCCCAGGCUUCUUACCCCUCACAGCUGAGGAAGAAGCUGAGGGGGAAGGCGGUGCCUUCGGGGAAGCGACAUGGAGCUGCCCAACAGCCGGGUCGCGCCGCGGUGGUUGCUAGUCAGGGCCGUAGCGACGACGGCCUCGGUCUUCUUGCUGGCCAUGGCUGUCUGCCUGGCAGUGGCGGAUGAUGAAGGAACUCAGGAGGAGUCUUUUGAAUCAAAGACAACAUUGCCUUCUGAUGAACAGGUGAAGGAUCAUUCAAGAGGAGCCCAUGUUGUAGCAGGUCAGAUCUUCAUUGACUCUGAGGAACCUGAAGCUCAUGCUGAAGAUGAACAGAGUUUCAGGACCCAAGAGGAAGAAAAAGAAAGAAAUGUGAAGGAAUUAGAUUCUCUAGAACUGUCAAAUCUACUAAAUAAGGACCUGGAAGAGGUAGAAGCACAGAAACCAGUUUUGACAGCCAUUGGAGGAACUGCAGAUGGAGAGCCAUGCCACUUCCCCUUUCUUUUUCUGGAGAAGGAAUACUUUGAAUGUACUGUAGAUGGAAGGGAAGACAGCAGACUCUGGUGUGCAACAACCUAUGAUUACAAAAGUGACCAAAAGUGGGGCUUCUGUGAAACUGAAGAACAGUCUAAUAAGAGAAGGCAAAUGCAAGAGGCAGAGGAUGUUUACCAAACUGGGAUGAAAAUCCUUAAUGAGAGCAGUAAAAAAGCCCAAAAGAAAGAAGCCUAUCAAUAUCUCCUGAGAGCAGCUGAUAUGAAUCAUACAAAGGCAAUGGAGAAAGUAUCUUAUGCUAUGUUGUUUGGGGACUACCUGAAGCAAAACAUUCAGUCAGCUAAAGAGCUCUUUGAGAGACUGACUGAAGAAGGUUCUCCUAAAGGGCAGACAGCUCUUGGAUUUCUCUAUGCCUCUGGCCUUGGUGUUGGUUCCAGUCAGGCUAAGGCACUAGUUUAUUACACUUUUGGAGCUCUUGGAGGAAAUCUCAUAGCACACAUGGUUUUGGGCUACCGAUACUGGGCUGGGAUAGGAGUCCUUCAGAGCUGUGAAUCUGCGCUCACUCACUAUCGGCUAGUAGCAAACCAUGUGGCUAGUGACAUUUCUCUAACAGGAGGAACAGUGGUGCAGAGGAUUCGUCUGCCAGAUGAAGUAGAAAAUCCAGGAAUGGCAAGUGGGAUGCUGGAGGAAGAUUUGAUACAGUAUUAUCAGUUCCUAGCUGAAAAGGGAGAUGUUCAAGCACAGGUUGGACUUGGACAGUUGCAUCUGCAUGGAGGGAGAGGAGUGGAGCAGAAUCACCAGAGAGCUUUUGAAUAUUUUAGUCAAGCAGCUGGUGCUGGUAACUCUCAUGCAAUGGCAUUUUUGGGGAAGAUGUAUUCAGAAGGAAGUGAUAUUGUACCUCAGAACAAUGAGACAGCUCUUCAGUACUUCAAGAAAGCUGCUGAUAUGGGGAAUCCAGUAGGACAGAGUGGCUUAGGAAUGGCUUAUCUGUAUGGAAGAGGUGUUCCUGUGAAUUAUGAACUGGCACUGAAAUAUUUCCAGAAAGCAGCAGAACAAGGAUGGGUGGAUGGACAGCUUCAGCUAGGCUCUAUGUACUACAAUGGCAUUGGAGUCAAAAGAGACUAUAAGCAGGCAUAUAAAUAUUUCAAUCUGGCUUCUCAAGGAGGCCACAUUCUUGCCUUCUAUAACUUGGCACAGAUGCAUGCCACUGGCACUGGAGUAAUGCGUUCAUGUCAUACUGCUGUUGAGCUGUUUAAAAAUGUCUGUGAACGAGGCCGAUGGUCUGAGAGGCUGAUGACUGCCUUUAACAGCUAUAAAGAUGGUGAUACCAAUUCUGCGGUUGUUCAAUAUCUUUUGUUGGCAGAACAAGGCUAUGAGGUUGCUCAAAGUAAUGCUGCCUUCAUUCUUGAUCAAAAAGAGGCCAGCAUAAUAGAAGAGAAUGAGACAUAUCCCAGAGCCUUACUGCACUGGAAUCGAGCAGCCUCUCAAGGUUAUACCGUUGCCAGACUGAAACUUGGUGAUUACCAUUUCUAUGGUUUUGGCACUGAAGUUGAUUAUGAAACUGCCUUUAUUCACUAUCGCCUGGCAACAGAGCAACAGCACAGUGCCCAGGCUAUGUUCAACCUGGGAUACAUGCAUGAGAAAGGGCUUGGCAUCAAGCAGGACAUUCAUCUUGCAAAACGCUUCUAUGACAUGGCAGCAGAUGCCAGCCCAGAUGCUCAAGUUCCUGUUUUUCUUGCACUCUGUAAACUAGGAAUCAUUUAUGCCUUGCAGUAUGUGCAAGAAACCAAUAUCAAAGAGGUGUUCUCUCAUCUUGACAUGGACCAGCUCUUGGGACCCGAGUGGGACCUUUACCUGAUGACCAUCAUUGCUUUGCUUUUGGGUACAGUAAUAGCUUACAGGCAGAGGCAGCAUCAGGCAAUCCCUAGGCCUGCAGGGCCACGGCCAGCCAUGCCUCCCCAGGAGCCUCCCCCAGAACAUCAGCCACCACAAUAACAGAAGCACUGGGUCUUGAUGAAAUGAACUGGAUAUUCCAGCUGGGACUCUUUGUGUGAUUUUAUGACACCAGAUCAGAUGGCUACAUCUGUGAGAGAAAGCUAAACAAAACAAAACCAUUGCAUUCUGAAAGCUGUUUAGAGCUAUGCCUUUUUUCAGGGAUAUGCCUCUUUCUUCAGGAUGGAGUUGAACGUUAUUUCAGUGCCAAUGGAAUAACAAAACAGCUUUUUUGUUAAACAGAAGUGCUCCACUUCAGAAAUGAUGCCUGCUGUAUCCACAUUGUUCAUUGCCCUUUUCAGUUGUUCCUUGGUAGUUUAAAUAUCCUUUCGGUUACAACGUGGCCUACGCAGAAAGGAAAAUAUAGUGAAGCUUGAUACAAGAAGAGCAUGUUUGUGUUCCUCCACUAAGUAAAAAAAGCAGCACUCCUCUUGAAGAGUGUUUGCUACUGUGAACCUGGUUAACUUUUCGGCUCGCCCAGUAUGUAACUCCUUUUAAGUAACUUCCGCCUUUGACUGUCUAUUUGAAUGUUUUAAUUGGAAUAUGCCAGUCAUAAGAAGUAGAAAAAGACAAUCAGUAAAUAUGGUAAAUAUAUCUCUUAUUCUCCAGGGACUGUAUUUAACCUUGCUCAUUUGGAUUGAUUCUUUUCCUGUAAGUACAAUUUAGAAGCGUGAAUUGCAUAUUUAAAACAAAACUUUAAUUUAAUGAACUCCUCCACAGUGCAGAAUUCAAAUUUGCUUUAAUAAACCUAUCUACAAAUUGUAAGAUUUCCCUAUUUGAAGUACACAAGACAACUUCCUUUUCUCAGUUGUUUCACAAAUGCACUAUGGUUAGCCAAACAGUGGGCAGGAAAAAGAGCCCUCAAAAGGCUCCCUUUUGGCAGUUUCCUCUUUUCUGCUGCAUUCUUAGUGAGGUAGUGCUGGUUACGUUUUCAGUUCAUCAUGACGGUUUUAACAAGACAGACUUGUCCAAUCCUGUUUUCAUAGUGGGACAGGAUUGUGCCAUUAAUGGUUAUUCCAUGUCAUUGCAAUCUUAUGUGGCACAGUCUCAAAUUUUUGUUGCAUGCCAUCUGGAGUGCAGACACUAAAUUGGCAUAUUUUGGCCUGUUCUGUGGUAUUAAUUAAUAAAUGUCUCACCGUUUGGACUAUACUAGUCUGGCUGUAUAAUAUCCGGUGCCAGUCAUUAUUUAGUCAGAGAACCCAUCAUUUUUAUGCUCUUUAAAGGUGACGGCAAGAUCUUGAAAGAGUGGAGAGAAUCUCUGAACCUUGAUGUUGCAAAGCAGUAGUUGUCUGCUGAGUUGCACUGGAAAAUGCAUGUGGAAAUUUCUGUUUGCCAUGUCACUAAAUCAGCCAUAACAGCUACUAGACUGUGUGGCUUUUUGUGGGAGAGUUUCUUUUGUGUGACUACUCUGCAUAGAUAAGUUUUCUGACUGAAUGCUAAGACAGAGAUGCAUUUGAUUUUACUGUUGCACUAAAAAAUUGCAUCAAGAUCCAGACCCCUUGUUUCUAGAGCAUGGUUGAAUAAGAUUUUAAUAGUUUUUAAUGCAGUGUGGUUUUUCAGCACUCUUUAGACAUUAGACCUCAUUUGGUGCAUUUGAGAGUGAUGCAGUGGAUCAUCGUCGUGCACCCACAGUGUUUGUUAGUAGAUCAAUAUUUAAUUCAUAGGUGGAAAAGGAAAAGUCUUCUAUGAAAAGAGGAGACAAAUGGUGUGGUUCUGAAAUGCAAAGGUAUUGUUAAGCAGGACUGUUUCCUCUUUGUCCUAAAAUAUGUGGGAAGGGCUUCUAGCAGAAGGACAUUUUGUAGUCUAAUGACAGUAUUAUGAAGGAGGACAACCUUGUAGGAAGUCUUAGAGCUCUUCAGAAUGUAUAGAUAGGAUGAAGAUCUUUUAACUGAAAUAAAGGUACCCAAAAGAAAGGUAACCAAAAGAAAGAAACAGCUCUACUGAAAUACUUCAUAAUACGCCACAGUUCAGAACAAUGUGAGGGGACAGAGAUUUCUUUGACUUUUCAAUUGCUCCCAAAGUUCUAGGAUAAAUUUCAUCUGUGAAAGUUGCAACUAUGAAAACGACUUAAGACUCCAGAAUCAAAUAGUUCUCCUCCACUUUUCAUGCAUGUGUUAUUUGUAUAACCUGGUGUAGAUGGAAAUCUAUAAAUUAUUCAAAUUACCAUGUGCAAAGGAAAUAACGGAAGUGGUGUAGUUAUAUGAUGAAGUAUGGCCACAUGCCUGAUUGUGUGACCAGACCUCACUGCAUCAACACAACUGCUUCCUUAGUUUUGCUUGUGGAACUACCUGGUAGAAUAGUAUACUGGGGUCAUUUCAGUAACAUCUAAGCAGUUGUACAGUUGUCCUUAUUCCACUGAGAUCGAACGUCACUGUCUCUAGUUGGCAGAUAUUAACUAUGUAGUUCUUCAAACAAGUCAUGCAUUUCCAGAGUUUUUUCCCUCUGCCGUGACAUUUAUUUCCUACUAGGGCAUGUUCAAGGAUUACUGUUUGUAUUCUUGCAAUAUGCUUCAUCCAUUUCAAAACCAAAAUGGUUUAUUUUCUGUUUUAUUGCCAGCAGAUGUAGCAUGCCAUCAUCUGCACUAAAACACUUUGAGAUAUAGACAAACCCUCCUGAUACCUUUCCCCCAACUUUUAAAUAAUUUCUCUCUUUAAAAUUCAAAAUAAAUAAGUAUUUCUUCUUGGGUUUUCUAAUUAUUUCAGUAGUAUCCAUUUGGACCCUAUGUACUAGAUUAUGUCAGAAAACAUCAUGCUAACUCAGGGAUUUAAAAAUGAAGAGUGAGUUUUCUAGAUUAUCUGCCUAAUGUUCUCUUCCAUUCUGAACUUGGCUUCUAAAAUUUCUUUAAAGCUAGUAUUCAUCAGUAUAAAAUUGUUUGUGCUUACUUAGUGCUAGGAAAAUAGAUUUUGAUUUAUAAGCUUUGGUAUAUGGCGUGAUUUCAGCAACCAUGUGUGGACUAAGGAAACACUUUAUGAGAAGUAAGGGGGACAAGAUUGGUCUAAAUAAUCUAAUCAAAAUAAAUUGCUUGAUUGAAAUUCUAAUUAAGAUUAAAAAUAUUCCAUGAAUAGAGGCUAUGUAAUUUAAAAUGAUAUAUUUUACUUUAAAAAGAGAGAUGUUUGAUAUUUUUCCAAGAAGGAUUAGAACUCAUAAGUGACUUGGUUCAAGAUGUGCUAAAACUAUCCUAAUCCAUCUCUCUUCUAAAAUUUUAUUAAUCCACCAAAUAUUGUGAACAUGGACAGUAGCAUCUUUCAGAUAACAGUUGCAUACUGUGUUGAUGAGCUUUCCAUACCUGAAUAUAAGUAGCAUUUUCCAUAUAUAUGAAAACAUUUGUCCUGAGAUGUGCCCAUUAAAAAUGACUGUGUUUGUGUGAAGAGUUUGAUUGAAUCUUUGAAACUAUUAAAGCAGGAACAAACUGGUCAUUUUAAGUAACUGGAUGUUUCACAGUGUACUAACAUCUCUUAAGUCUUGUAGGUUCUGUCUUGGUAGCUAUCACAGAUGGAUCUUAACUUUGUUAAAAUCUGUUGAUCUGUUGUCGAUAAUGUGGCUGUGCAUAUGAGAAUAUUUCACUGCUGUGAUAAGAAUUCCUGAUGGAGCAAAGUAGGAGGGAGGGGAAUUUGCCUUUAAGAGAGAAUCCUGGUAAAGAUGAGAACAUUGAAGGGAAGUCCCCAGCACCACCACAUCGGAUUUACCAAAUAAAUGUACAGCACUCCAGCUAAAAGUAGCCCUCAUUUUGGACUGAAUUUCAUUGUCUGCUACUCUAGUGGCUCCCAUAGAAAUGAAUGGGAAAAAAUAGCUGUGACUUGGUACGUGAUUUAAGCAUGAAACAGUGUGGUGUAAAAUGGCAUUUCAAGUGGUUGGUAUUGUGUGUAACAGUCACGAGCACUUGCUUAUACAGCACCAAUGUCAUGUACCUCCAGGCCAGAAAUCUCUGGAACUUCUAACUAGUUACAUUGAAACUUAAAUGGCAGUUUUGUGUAUAUUCGCUUGGUUGUAUGUCCCUUUGAACACAACAGUACUAAAGAUGUGUAUGUCACUCUGCAAGUAAUGGUUGACUGAAGGUGGAUUGCAGGCAGAACUUGCACCCUGUUUGCUGUGUCAGUAGAGGGUCAAAUGUCUAUAUAUAAAACCUAGGCUGUAAAAAUGGAAAUCUUAUGUAUAUUAGGUCUUAACGUUCUAAAGAGGACACAAUAAAAUAGAAUUGUUCCAGAUUUUUUUUCAAUAAGUAAAUACAAAUUGGGAGAUGCAAAUGAAUAAAAAACAGUGGAGAAGGCUAGUAAAAAAGAACUUCUUCGGUCUCACAUUGGCCUGAGUCACUAAGAGCAUAUGAGAAGUUUUGUGUAUUUUAUUUUGUAUUUAAGAUGAUGCAGUAUAGAGGCUGGAGAAGUGUAAUAUAACUGUAAACAAAUCCUGUUAAUAGAAAGAUGUACAGAUUCAUUUUGUACUAUAUCUUGUUAAAUAAAGAUGCUACUUUUGUGAUUGGCCAGUAA